AUGGCAAACAAGUGGUGGAAGUCAACCCGGGCUUUGGUUCAGCUGGAACUAGGGGAAGCAGUCCCCAUUACUUGGGAGCAUUUCAAGAAAAUCUUUUUGGACCACUUCUUUCCACAAACUCUUCAGGAGUCGAGAGCUCGCCAGUUUAUGGAUCUUACUCAAGGAUCUAUGACGGUAGCGCAGUAUGCUACAACGUUCAUGGAGCUUUCUCGUUUUGCUAUUUACUUAAUUCCGGAUGAGGAAAAGAAGGCUGAAAAAUUUGAGCGUGGACUGGAUCGUAGGAUUCGAGAACGUGUCCGUACUCUCAGGAUUCGGAGUUUCACAGAGCUAGUCACCCGAGCUACCAUUGCUGAAGAAGACCUCCAAGAGAACAUCGAGUACAACAAUCAAAGGAAGCGCCAGCAACAGCAACAACCCCAAGCAGUGUCGCAUAAGGACAAGAGGCCUCACAUUAUGAAUCGUCAAGGUCAACCACCAGCAGGGCAAACUUACCCCACGUGUGCAACAUGUGGGAAACGACAUUUGGGAAGGUGCAUGUUUGGCCAGAACGUGUGUUUCAAGUGCGGGAAGCCAAACCAUCUAGCUCGGGACUGCCCAGUUAAGAAACCUGGGGAACCGGGUAGGAACGGAGGACAGAAGACGCAUGCUACAGCGAGAGUUUAUGCCCUUACCCCUAUUGAUGCUGAAGCAUCAAAUGAUGUAGUCACAGGCACAUUAUCGUUGUUUUCACGUCAUGCCUCCAUUUUAUUCGACUAUGGUGCUACUCAUUCUUUCAUUUCUAAUCAUUAUGCACAUUUGGCUGAGAAGAUACCUGAACCGCUAGAACCUAGUAUGUCUGUUGCUACGCCCUCAGGAGAUCAUAUUAUUUGUGAUUCUGUGCUAAUUGGUUGUCCGAUAGAGAUUCAAGGGAGAAUUCUACCUGCGGACUUAAUCGUAUUUGAUAUGUCCGGAUUUGACGUGAUUCUGGGAAUGGACUGGUUAUCCCAGAACCAUGCCUGUGUGGAUUGCUUUAAUAAGAGAAAUGCACAGAUGGGGAGGAGUUUAGUUUUCAGUCUGUACGAGAAACUUCCCCUCCUCGUGUAA